CGUGAUCGUCGUGGCGUGACGUCACACACCCGGAAGUAAAGCCGCAUCCCUGCCGUGUUGUUGUGGAAAAUAAACAUCAGGAAUAUGAAAACUUCGUGGAAGAAAUAACUUUUCAGCCGACAGGAACUUCCAAGGCAGAUAUGCUAUUUUCAUUCCAUUGUAGUUUUUCGAGUAGGUUGACAGUGAAGUAAUGUGUAGCACGUAGCAUGUAGCUUUGCUACAAGACAAAUAACGUUGACGUCUUGAAAUAGUUUAAAGCAGGGGUCACCAACCUUUUCGAAACCAAGAGCUACUUCAUGCCAAGGGCUACCAGUUUGAUACACACUUCAAUAAAUUGCCAGAAAUAGACAAUUUGCUCAAUUUACCUUUAAUAAAUAAUUCUAAAUAUAUAUAUAUUUAUAUGUAUAAGAAAAAAGGGUAUUUCUGUCUCAUUCCGUCGUACAUUCUUUUUCCUUAUACGGAAGGGUUUUUUUGUAGAGAAUACAUGAUCAAAAAAACAGUCAAUUGAACGGUUUAAAAGAGGAGAAAACUUAGUUUAUCUCCAAUUUCGACUCUUUAAAAUUAAAAAUUCAACCGAAAAAAAAGAAAAGAAAAACCAACUAAUUCGAAGCUUUUUGAAAAAAAUAAAAAAAAUAAUUUAUGGAACAUCAUUAGCAAUUUUUCCUGAUUAAGAUUAAUUUUAGAAUUUUAAUGGCAUGUUUUAAAUAGGCUAAAAUCCAAUCUGCACUUUGUUAGAAUAUAUAACAAAUUGGACUAAGCUAUAUAUCCAACAAAGACAAAUCAUUAUUUCUUCUAGAUUUUCCAGAACAAAAAUUUUAAACAAAAUUCAAAAGACUUUGAAAUAAGAUUUAAAUUUGAUUCUACAGAUUUUCUAGAUUUGCCAGAAUAUUUUUUUUUAUUUUAAUCAUAAGUUUGAAGAAAUAUUUCACAAAUAUUCAUCGUCGAAAAAACAGAAGCUAAAAUCCAUCCAUUCAUUUUCUACCCCUUAUUCCCUUUUGGGGUCGCGGGGGGCGCUGGCGCCUAUCUCAGCUACAAUCGGGCGGAAGGCGGGGUACACCCUGGACAAGUCGCCAAAUUAAAAUGUAUUCAUCAUUCUUUACAACAACAAAAAAUAGUUGAACAUUGAUUUAAAUGGUCAGGAAAGAAGAGGAAGGAAUUUAAAAGGUAAAAAGGUAUAUUUCUUAAAAAAUCCUAAAAUCAUUUUUAAGGUUGAAUUUUUUCUCUAAAAUUGUCUUUCUGAAAGUUAUAAGAAGCAAAGUAAAAAAAAAAAUGAUUAUAUUUAAACAAAGGAAGACCAAGUCUAAAAUAUAACCUUGGAUUUUCCAAUUCUAUUUGCGUUUUGUCUCUCUUAGAAUUAAAAAUGUCGAGCAAAGCGAGACCGGCUUGCUAGUAAAUAAAUCAAAUUUAAAAAAUAGAGGCAGCUCACUGGUAAGUGCUGCUAUUUGAGGUAUUUUUAGAACAGGCCAGCGGGCGACUUAUCUGGUCCUUACAGGCUACUUGCGUUGGUGACCCCUGGAUUAGAGGCACAUGUCAUGAUGGCAGUGGUAAUGUUUGGAGCGAGACACGUUCUUCUAAACUUGAGGUCCACCUUCCAAAAAGCAGCCAUUUUCAGCAGAAGCAGACUGGUUAGUUGCAACAGGUGUCACCUGGUCCAGAGAAGCAGACUAGUUAGUAGUUACCUGGUGAAGAGAAGGCAGCUCUUGAUAAACAUCCCCAAGGUUGCAUUGUUGUGCUGGGGCACAUCAUCCUUGGUGGCGAAAUGCCAAGCAGCCUCUCUGGCGCCAGCCACCGUCAAGAAGAAUUCCCUCAUCAAAGUCCAAGUUCACAAACUGGUCUUCCUCCUCCACCUGGGACUGCGUGCGUUAGUCCUGCUCCUGAAAUUUGGACCCAUUCUCCUCCUCUCCCCCUUAGUUCUGCUCUCCACUGGCUGGGCUUCCGUCUGGCUGGACGCCCUGCUGUGGGUGACGGAAAGCUCCGGUGCCGCCUUCAUCAAGCUGGGCCAGUGGGCCAGCACCAGGCGGGACAUUUUUUCGGAGGAGUUCUGCGACCGCUUCUCCAGGCUCCACGUGAAGGUGCGCCCCCAUCCCUGGGCUCAUACCAAACAGUGUCUCAGGAGGGCCUUCGGGGAGCAAUGGAGGAAGGUUCUCACCUUCCAGAGCAAAGAGCCAGUGGGUUCAGGGUGUGUGGCUCAGGUGUACCAAGGCUGGGCCAAGAAGGACCAGGUGGAAGACCCGGCCUUCAAGACGCUGGUGGAGGAGUUGGAUAAAGAGGACCUUCUGGAAGCGUGGGAGAUUCCUGGUUUGGGAGGAGUGGUGAGCUCUCUGUGGAAUCUCUGGAAGGGGAACAAGGAGGUGGAUCAGGGGCAGCAUGAGCAAAACAUCUCCCAGAAAGAUCACUUGAUACCUGUCGCUAUCAAAGUGGUCCACCCAGGCAUCAAAAGGCAGGUGGAGAUGGACCUGCUGCUGAUGAAGGCCGCCAGUUGGCUCCUGCACUGCCUGCCCGGACUCAAGUGGCUCAGCUUGUGCGAGAUAGUCCAGGAGUUUGAGACGCUCAUGACCAAACAGAUUGACCUUCGCUUCGAGGCCAAGAACAUGGAGCUCUUCCGGCAGAACUUCCAGCAGGUGGACUACGUCAAGUUUCCCACCCCACUACGGCCUUUUGUCACCAGGACUAUUUUGGUUGAAACCUUUGAGGAGAGCGAGCCCAUCUCCAACUUCCUGAAAGAGCAGAUUCCUCAGGCAGUGAAGCAAAGGAUCGCCAGGAUGGGUGUGGACACGCUGCUGAAAAUGAUCUUCGUGGACAACUUUGUUCACGGCGACCUCCACCCAGGCAACAUCCUGGUGCAAAGCAGCAGCCCGGCUGCCGGCCCCACAGACCCGGGUCUGACCACACUCACAGACUUGUGGGACACGGUGGUGGUCAGCUUGAGACCCCGGCCCAGUCCCUUCAAGCUGGUGCUGCUGGACGCCGGCAUCGUGGCCCGCCUCAAGAAGGACGACCUGGCCAACUUCAAGGCCGUCUUCACCGCCGUGGUGCUGCGACAGGGCGACCGCGUGGCGGAGUUGAUCCUGCACCACGCCCGCGCCAGCGAGUGCAAGGAUGUGCCGCGCUUCAAGAAGGAGAUGGCGGAGCUGGUGGAUGGCGCCCUCAGCAACACGCUGUCUCUUGGAAAGAUCCAAGUCGCCGACUUGCUGUCCAGAGUCUUCGGUCUCCUCAUCAAACACAAGGUGAAGCUGGAGAGUAACUUUGCAUCCAUGGUCCUGGCCAUCAUGGUGCUGGAAGGUCUGGGCAGGUCCUUGGACCCUAACCUGGACAUCCUGGAGAUGGCCAAACCUCUACUGAUCAACAACUCCUAGCACUAAUCAAGCCUUUCCGAGGUUUGUGGCCUAAAAGACCUCAACCAGUCCAAGAAGGAAGAUGGUGGUUGGUGGCUGACUUAACUGCAGAGAGUGCAUGGUGUCUGCUAGAGCUCUUGUGUUGUGUUGUUGGAUUAUUAUAUUGUGCUAUUUCACAUGUCAGAGGUCCGCAAUAGUGGAGUUGGCUCGUCUUUCAUUUUAAGAUGUGUAGUGAAGCCUUUUUUUUUUUACACAGCUGUCCUUAAUGAGAUGACGUCAUUAUGAGUCUUGGCAGUCUUGUUUUGUUACUUGAAACUUCCAUCCCACAAUAGUUCAUUGCAAGUGUACAUCCGGGUUUAAUUUUAAGAUGUGUGGUGAAACCUUUUUUUUUUCUUUCUUUGACAAAGCUCUCCUGCAAAAGCUAACAUAAGGACGCCAUUUGAGACAAUGCCACCCACAAAUAUUAUAUACAAAUACAUAUAUAUAUAUAUAUAUAUAUAUAUAUAUAUAUGUAUAUAUACAUAUACAUAUAUAUAUAUACAUAUAUAUAUACAUACACAUAUAUACGCAUUUAUAUACACACAUAUAUAUGUAUGUGUAUAUAUAUAUAUAUAUAUAUAUAUAUAUAUAUGUAUGUGUAUAUAUAUAUAUAUACAUAUGCAUAUAUAUGUAUGUGUAUAUAUAUAUGCUAACACUUUAGUAUGGGGAACAUAUUCACAAUUAAUUAAUUGCUUAUUAAAUUAACAAAGACUUAAUUCAGAGUUAUUUGCAUACUAGGGCAACAUAUUAGGCUUAAUGUUAGGGUUACUAAUAAUAAUUCUGAGGUUUUAUUGAGGGAAGACUCUUAGUUAAUGGCUUGCUUCUUGUACAAUAAAGCCCUUCAGAAUAAGGCAUUAAUAAGUACUUAAUAAUGACUAAUUAGAGGCCUACUGAAAUGGGAUGUUCUUAUUUAAACGGGGAUAGCAGGUCCAUUCUAUGUGUCAUACUUGAUCAUUUCGCGAUAUUGCCAUAUUUUUGCUGAAAGGAUUUAGUAGAGAACAUCGACGAUAAAGUUCGCAACUUUUGGUCGCUAAUAAAAAAGCCUUGCCUGUACCGGAAGUAGCAGACGAUGUGCGUGUGACGUCACGGGUUGUGGAGCUCCUCACAUCUGAACAUUGUUUACAAUCAUGGCCACCAGCAGCGAGAGCGAUUCGGACCUAGAAAGCAACGACUUCCCCAUUAAUUUGCGUGAGGAUGAAAGAUUCGUGGAUGAGGAAAGUGAGAGUGAAGAACUAGAAAAAAAAGACUAUACAGUGGGAGCGAUUCAGAUGUUAGACAAAUUUACUAGGAUCAUUCUGGAAAAUCCCUUAUCUGCUUAUUGCGUUACUAGUGUUUUAGUGAGAUUAUAUGGUCGUACCUGUACAACCUGAAGGUCGGCCCCGCACCUUUCUUCAGCACCAGUCGACGGGUGGUGGCGAUGCCCAUCUCUGCCCUUCGCAAGGGACCCUCUUCGAAACAUGAUCUUUCGAAAUGAUCGCUGCAUAAUACACUGUACUUUGUGUGUGUGGUCCAAUCCAACCGUGUUCGCUUGACUGCUCUGUUCCAUAGUAAAACUUCACCGUCAUCUUUUGGGAAUGUAAACAAGGAAACACCGGCUGUGUUUGUGUUGCUAAAUGCGGCCGCAAUUCACCGCUUCCCACCUACAGCUUUCUUCUAUGACGUCUCCAUUAUUCAUUGAACAAAUUGCAAAAGAUUCAGCAACACAGAUACUCUGGAAUUCUGCGAUAAAAACAGACGACUUAUAGCUGUGAAUGGUGCUGGGACUGAAUGUCCUCUACAAUGCGUGACGUCACGCACACGCGUUAUGUUACCGCAUGAUACUUCUGCGCGAAAUUUAAAAUUGCAAUUUAGUAAACUAAAAAGGCCGUAUUGUCAUGUGUUGCAAUGUUAAUAUUUCAUCAUUGAUAUAUAAAUUAUUAGACUGUGUGGUCGGUAGUAGUGGCUUUCAGUAGGCCUUUAAGAGCCAAUAUGUUACUAAUUUGCAUGUUAAUAAGCAAGUAAUUAAGGUGAAUAUGUGUUACCAUAUAUAUAUAUUUGUAAUGAAUUUGAAGCUAUCAUAAAAAUUACUACAUUAUAUUAUGGCCUCCAUCUUGUUUUAUCUUCCAUAUGCUGGCCAGCCUUGUAGCUGUAAAAAGACAAUAAGAUGUGGGAUCUGUGUGUGGUCACACCUCUAAUGAAGACAUCACACCAAACAGAAGGUAGGAUGACAAGAGUCAUGUUUGUCCAGGUAAAGUUACAACAAGUCUUGGAGGUCUGACCUCCACUAACCCACAGGCCACAAUCUGGGGAAAUACUUAGUAGAAGUUGAAAGGUACUUUUUGUGUUGUGUUGCAAUAUUUGUCCUUACAGACUAAAGAAGACCUCAUUACUUGGGAACACGCAUGUGCUUCAAUAUAUUCAUAAUAAAGGGAAUCCAGGAGAA